AUGUCGGCAAUUUACGGACAGGAUCCUCUAUCGCCGUUUGCAAGGCCCCCUGGUACUGUCGACAACCAAUUGUGGUCGCCCCGGUUAAAGCCACGCUGGGGGGAAUAUGACGUCAUCAGUAAAGAUGGGCGUGACUGUCGGGUGUCAGAUGGUCUAUCGAGAUUUCGCAGUAAUUUUGACUGUUGUCAUCAAGCUGAAGUCGUCGGAAGCCAUGAUCCAAUCGAUACCUUCGGCUGUCAUAGAUUACCGAAGCCUCUAGAAGCAGAUCACAGCGGAAUGGUUGCGCCCCACAAAACUGACCGUCACGUGACUUGUGAUCCACAAGUGGACGUGUUUCCCUUACACGACAGAGAAAGAAAAGACCAAAACGGAGAAUAUGUGUUACAUUCGACAACACGGUCAGCCAUUGAGAGCACACACUCGAAAUUGUACUGUACAUCGCGCUACAGCAGUAUGUACCCCGGAGAUCCGAGUCCUGCAAUGUACCAAGAGCAAGAAGUUCCCGAUGUAUACGAACCAAUGGCACAUCCUGCAUGUUUGGUCCAAGAUCCAUAUGAAGGGCAAGACAACGGCGUGUACAGUAGUGCGAUGAACGAUUUCUGUGACAUUCCCGUGGGAAGCUGCGGCGACACAGCGAACUACGUAGAUUCAAGUUAUGAACCAUCAUUUUUCUCUCCAAAGGCUUCCCAAAGAAGAACGCGCGAGAGUGCAUGUAAUGAGAACCAGAACUUCCACGAUCUCCUUAUACAAGAUGUGUAUCGAUACCGUUUGCCAUCAAUACUUCAUUAUCCUGGAGGUUUUGAGAGUGACCAAACGGUUCCGGACGUGAUGAGUUACGAGGAAGAGAAACAGAAGGACGGAGAUAUUUCUUAUGGAUGUUCCAAAUUCCUGCGCCCUGCCAUUCCAUCGACCUUAAUCCGUGAUAUGGCAGAUCUGAAAAUGGAGAUGGAACUCUCUAAACAGACUCAGAUGUUGCCGGAAAGAAAGUUUUCCAACCAAAGACCUCUUCCUAGCAUAGAUAGCUGGACGCAGUGGCCGCACCAGCCAAACCUAAACCUUGCUGAGAAGUCGGAAACACAGAAAAGAUUCAAUAUCACACAUCCGGAGACGAAACCGGACCCAAGAGACUUCGAUGUAUAUUCUAAGAGGGUUUUCUUCAAUGGUUUCAACUCAUCAGCUUUCCGUGGGUAAAUUUCUGCCCUA